UGAAUGGUCACAGUGAAAAACCCAGCUGAGGGGAGUCCUGUGUACGCGGAAAGUGUCACUGUCUCUUUCUCUCUCUCUGUCAAACUGUGAAUAAUCACACUCGACCAGUUGGUGCGUCCACGUGGAUUUAAUCAAUCAUGGAAUUAUUGGUUCGAUAUCUUGAUAGGAGCAAUUCAAUUAGCUCUGUCAUGACUCAAGAUAUUAUCAAAGAGGAGAACCUGAGAGAUGACCUGAAGUACUACUUCAUGAGCCCAUGUGAGAAGUACAGGGCCCGACGACACGUACCCUGGAAACUGGGAGUGCAGAUCCUGAAAAUAGUCAUGAUCACUACACAGCUCGUCCUGUUCGGCCUCAACAACCAGCUGGUGGUGUCCUACAAGGAGGAGAACACCAUGGCCCUCAAAAACCUUUUCCUGAAGGACUACAGUGGGGUGGAUGAGGACGACUACAGCGUUGCUGUCUACACCCAACAGGAUGUUUAUGACAGCCUGUUUUAUGUCCUGGAUCAGUACAGUCAGUUGGGACGGCUCUCUACGGGUCCCAUCAAUUACGCUGAGGACGAGGACGGCACGCUGCUGCCUCUCCUCAUCUGUAAAGAGUACUACAAGAGAGGCAGUGUGGAGCCCCCAGACGAGGCCUACGACAUCGACGCCCAGCUGGAGACAGUUUGUAUGUCACAUGAUCCAAAGACUGCAAACCUGUGGAGAACCCAGAAUUCAUCCUUUUUUGAGCUGGACUUUUACAGGCUCGUUGACAUCAAAAUAACCUUCCAGCUGAAGGGAAUCAACCUGCAGACGGUGCGUUCACGGGAGUUGCCUGACUGCUACUCGUUCUAUGUCACGAUAACAUUUGACAACCAGUGUCACAGUGGAAAGGUGAAAAUAUUCCUGGACACUGAUGCUCAGAGCAGUGCAUGUAGAGACUGGAAGAUAUCUGGCACGGCUCAGAAGAACACUCACUAUCUUCUGCUGUUUGACGGCUUCGUCAUCCUGGUUUGCCUCACAUCAGCUGUGCUGUGCACCCGCUCCAUCGUGCUGGCUGUCAGGUUACUCCAGAGAUUCUCCCGAUUCUUCCACGAAAACUACAAUCGUAAAGUGUGUGAGGACGAUCAGAGGGAGUUUCUGAACGGCUGGUACGUGCUGGUCAUCGUCAGCGACCUGUUAGCCAUAAUUGGGUCCAUACUGAAGAUGGAAAUACAAGCAAAGAGUCUGACCAGUUAUGAUGUGUGCAGUAUCUUCCUGGGAACAUCCACACUAAUGGUGUGGGUUGGUGUGAUCAGGUACCUGGGAUACUUCCAGAAGUAUAAUGUGCUGAUUUUAACCAUGAAAGCAGCCUUCCCCAAGGUCCUACGUUUCUGCUGUUGUGCCGGCAUGAUCUACCUCGGCUACACCUUCUGUGGGUGGAUCGUACUGGGCCCGUACCAUGAGAAGUUUGAGGGCCUGAGUCGCGUGGCAGAGUGUCUGUUCUCCCUGCUGAACGGCGACGACAUGUUCACCACCUUCGCCCAGCUGAAGGACAAAAACACGCUGGUGUGGCUCUUCAGCCGCGCGUACCUCUACUCCUUCAUCUCUCUGUUCAUUUACAUGGUGCUGUCGCUCUUCAUUGCCCUCAUCACCGAUGCCUACGAGACCAUCAAGAACUACCAGAGGGAUGGAUUCCCGCUGACAGACCUGCAGAAGUUCCUCAGAGAGCAGAAAGACUUUACUGUUGUUGAGGAGAGCAGUCAGACGGACACCCGCAGCACAUGCUUUGCGCUCCGCUGCUGCCAACGAGUUUCAGAAAAUGACGACAUCAUACUGAUCAGCUGACAGCUGCCUCACGGCCAGAUGGGAUGGUUCAGGGACAAGGAGGAGGACGAGGAGGUGGAGGUGGAUGCUGGGAACAGGACCUCAUGCUUCUAAUGCAGACUUCAGAUGCUUCUGCUGGAAAAGCCUGGAGCAUGUAGAGAUACCUCUCCAGGAGUGAGAUUCUGUGAAGUGCAAUAUGAAACAAGUUCCCUCUAUUUAAUAUGAAACUGGAGCACUUAACAUUAAGAGCUGGAACUGAGACAAAAGACAAAAAAGUUUCAUGUCAUGACGCUGAUGAGGAGUUUACUUGGCUUUUUUCAGGAAUGCGUAUGUGUUAGUUGCCAAAAAAAUGGAUUCAGUGUUGCUUUGCACUUGUCUGUUGCUGCAGUUACCAGGUCUAUGCAACAUCAUGCAGCACCAGAUGUAAUUUAUUUGUCAAGUAAAGACUGCAGUAAAGCCA